AGCACAAUGAAAAAUACAGAAAAGCUGAAUUUAAGACGGGAAUUGGGACUCACCAGUGCUGUUUCUUUGGCUGCAGGCGUCAUGAUAGGUUCAGGAAUUUUCAUGUCUCCGCAAUUCGUUCUGGUUUACGUUGGAAGUUCAGGAGCAAGCUUGAUCAUUUGGGCAGUGUGUGGCGUAGUAUGCAUGUGUACAGCUUUCUCAUAUGCUGAGAUAGGCACCAUUAUCAGAGAAUCAGGAGGUAACUAUAUCUAUAUCCUGCGAAUUUAUGGACCUUGUCUUGCAUUCGUUUUGAGCUUUACAACCAUGUUCCUGAUGAAGCCACUUUCGAUUAUAGCUGGUUCCCUGAGCUUUGCCAAAUACGCUGUGGCACCAUUUUAUCCAGGCUGUACACCUCCUAUUUUAGUGGUAAAGUGUAUUGCUGCAGCAUGUGUCUUGGUGAUUUCAACUAUCAAUGUGCUAAAUGUUCGUUUUGCCAUGGCUUCUCAGGUGGUCUUUAUGGUGGCUAAAUUUGUUGGUCUAAUGGUUAUAGUUAUUGGAGGAAUAAUAACAGUUGCACAGGGAAACUGUGAAAGCCUGUGCAAUACUAAAACUGCUUUUGCAGACGCAAAGCUUAGCAUUAGUACUGUUGGAAUGGCACUAUAUCAGUGUCUAUGGUCAUAUGCUGGGUGGAACAACAUAAACAAUGUUAUUGAGGAGGUGAAAAGACCAGAGGUCAACCUGCCAAGGGCACUGAUGAUUGCUAUUCCCAUGGUCACGAUUCUCUACCUACUAGUCAAUGUCAGUUAUCUGGUUGCCAUGUCACCCGCAGAAAUGAUAUCAUCCAGUGCAGUAGCCGUCACAUGGGGAAAUAAGGUGUUAGGAGGAUGGGGCUGGGUGAUGUCCAUUGCUGCAGCACUCUCAUCUUUUGGUUCUCUAAAUGGAUCGUUUUUCAGUGGAGGACGAGUGUGUUACGUUGCAGCAAGAGAGGGUCAUAUGCCUGACAUACUAGCCAUGGCUCACAUGCACCGGCUUACUCCGUCUCCUGCCCUCAUUUUUAACACUGUCAUUGCUCUUAUUGUUCUCAUUCCCGGGGACUUCCAGGCCAUAGUCAACUUCUUAAGCUUUACUGCCUGGUUCUUCUAUGGGGUAACGUUAUCAGGUCUUCUAUAUUUAAAAAUCAAGAAACCUGAACUUCCCCGGACAAUUUCGGUACCCAUAAUCCUUCCCAUCGUGGCUUUGCUGGCUGCAGUGUUUCUGGUGCUGGCUCCUAUCAUCGAUGACCCUCAGAUAGAGUACCUCUAUGCGGUCAUCUUUAUACUGAGCAGCAUUGUGAUUUACAUACCUUUCAUUCACUUCAAGCUGUUUCCAGGAAUGUUAAACAAACUCACAGUCUUCCUUCAGCUUUUCCUAGAGGUGGCACCGACUGCUAAAAACCUGUGAUGCUGAACCAACAGUAAUGUCAAAUGUUGUGCUUUUUAAAUUCAAAUGGUACAAAUUGCUAGAAAUGUUAUAGAUGUGUCAAAAUCAGUUUAAAGGGGACCUAUUGUGCCAAAAUCACUUUUAUAAGGGCUUUAAACACAGUUGUGUGAUAACAUUUUUUUUAUUAUCACACUCGAUAAAAACCUGUCUGCUGAAUUACUUUGAUUGACAUUUUCCUUUUGUACAUGUCAUCAGAUGGGGAAAGCCCCACCCAUUAGUGAUGAUCUCAUAAGCAUUGGAUGUUAAGCUACGGUCACACUGGGCUUUUCCUCCCCAUAGACUUCCCUUCAUACGCACGCGAAUGCGUCAGACCGGAAACGCAAGGUCAUGCGUCAAGUUUCGCAUGUUGCUGCAGUGCAAAGUUCAAGCUUGGUGAACCCUGACCUGCGAAAUCGCAUCACUUGACUGCGUGAGACCAAUCGAGGAUCAAAACAGGACCUCUCUGGACAGAAAUUUUAAACAUGGAGCAAUCGCUCACUUUUUUAAAUGUCUACUCAUCUUGUUUAAUCCCGCCCCUUUUCGCAGCGCCGUACGACAGAAUUUCGCACACACAAACUCUAGUGUGACCACAGCUUCAGUCUUGUUCUUGAAUCUGCCACUAUGCUGAUGCAAAAGCAUUUUUAUAGGGAGGCGUGGCACUAAACACCUCCCCUAAACCCAAUCUUGUUUAAUCCCGCCCCUUUUCACAGCGAUGCACGACAGAAUUUCGCACAAUCAAAGCCCAGUGUGACCGCAGCUUAAUAGGUAGUGCAGUGUGUGUGAGAGAGGGGGGCAGUGUUUCGAUGUGAUCCGGUUAUGUUUUGGUUAUGUGACUGUUGGUGUGGGUUGC